AGAACGACGAAGAUGGUACGAGAAAGAUAUAAAGAAUGACAAAAGUGGAUAAGAAAAAAAAAAUAGUUUAAAAAGUCACACACCCAAAAAACCAACCAACUAUACACACACAUAUACAUACACAUACAAAAAAAAACAUACGCGUACACAGAAUAACACAUUACAAAUGUACUAGGUAAGUUCAUAACUGCGUAUUGCCUUUCUGACUUCGGUGUGAAAAUAUAUAAAUAAAUAAAAAAAAAAAAGUCAGUCGUGCCAGGACUCACGGAUUAUCGGAUUAUAUCAUACAAUAGUUGUUAGUUAAGUCUAUGGGGACAAUGCGAUUGGUUGGACUCUCUUAUAGUCAGCCUGGUUCUUCUUCUUCUUCUUAUUCUUCUAACUUUAAAUUUAUUAUUUUUCUGUUUUCUUUUUUUUUCUUUUUUUUUUAACACCUAUGAGAGAAGAUUUGACUGUAAAACGUCUUCUCAAAAAAAAAAAAUCAAAUUCAUUUUAUUUUUUAUAUAUAUUAUAUAAAAAUAAUAUUCUAUUCGAAUAUAUAUUUGUUUUCUAUUCGCAAUAUUCGACAAUCUUAUGGUGAAAAUAAAAAGAAAAAAACAUUAAUCUUAUCAAGGAAGAAUCAGGCCCAUCGCAAAAGGGGAACCCUUUUCCACGAUAUUUCCGGUAUCUCUCAUUAUACCGAAAUCCGCGUGUUUAAGGCCCGGCUGUGUCUGUUUCAUGUUUUUCAAUAUUUGUAAUUUAUCGAUAAAAUUAUAAAAGGUAUCGAUACAUAACAGUCUAAAGUGUGCGCUACUCUACAUAAUAUUAUUAUAUAUAAAGUAUAAAAGUAUACAUUAUAUAUAUAAAUAUAUAUAUAUAUAUAUAUAUAUAUAUACAUAUAUAUUAUAUAUGAGAAGUAUAAUAUAUAUAUAUUAUACACACAUUGGGAUUGGUGAAAAUAUACGGUUUUUUCGCUUUGGAGUGUUAUUUUCUGAAAAUAUUGAACAAAAUAUGGAAAAAAAAUGAAUAAAAUCAAUGAAUAAAAAAAAAAAAAACAAGUCAGACGUUUCUUUUCAGUGCGAUACCUAUUUGCUCACUCUUUGUAUCCGUUUUUAUUUUUUUUUUUAUUUUUAAUAUAUUAAUUCUUUUGUUUUUUAUUAUUCUCUCUCUCUAUUACAUCUAACCAUCGAGAAUAUAACUUUGAUUUGUUCGUUAAUUGAUAAAACGAUGCAAAAUGAAGAAACUGAUUCGUCCAUUGGAUCGUCAAACUCUUCUUCCGUUAGAUAUAUGAGUACAUUACCAAAUUUUGUCAACGAUACUAUUGGAAAAUUAUUAAAAAUUGAUAAUUUCGAGCCUCAAUGUAUGAUCGAAAUAUUAGGAGAUUUUCUUGGUAUCGUAGAUUAUGAAACAAAUUUAGCGACAUUUUGGUUUUUGGAUAUUUUAGCUCUACAAAUAAUUCGAAACAAUGACACCUUUGACGAUUAUUCACGUUGCAUCUUUAUCAGCUGGUUAGUAGGAGAAAUGCAAUUGAUUCGAGAUGCAAAAUGUUCGCGCGAAAAGUUCUUCAAUAAAAUGGAAGUAAUAUUCACCGAGACUGCUGAGAAAGUCGUUCAAGGUGAAGAGAUUCCUCAUUGGAAUUUAAUUAGGUUUGGUGAUGCAGAGAUGAAAUCGGAAAUGAAAGAGGAAGAGACAAGAUUAUCGCAAGAACACGAUUCAUCCUCGCUAAGGGACUUGAAAUCGGAAACGCAAACUCUAACAGAAAAAAACUCAAAUGAGGAAGAAACAAAAUCGAUGAAAAUACUUUUAGACGUAAUUAUUCGAUCCACGUACGACAUGUACGCCGGUGAAGUACGUUACGCUCUCAUUUAUGCGGUAUUUGUGGAACCGAUUGAAAUACAGGUUGACAAUUUACCUUUUAGUUUUCGAAAACCUCGUCCAGUUCGACUGGCAAACUCAAACAUUGAACAUUUUUAUAUACAACUUCGAAACAGUUUACAAAUAAUCGAAGAACAGGAUAGAAAAAAGAUGAGAAAAGUUACAUCAAGUACAUCGUUUAUCUUUAAAAAAGUCUAAAAGGUACGAAAAAGUUACAACGUUUAAAGGAGGAAUCAGAAAGAGAGUAUCCACCACAACCACCGAAUUCUUUAC